AUGCACCAAAAUGCAGCAUGGUGCUGGGAAUGGUGGUGGGAAGCAGCAUAUUCGCCAUGCCAGCCUUGCCCUGCAGUGUGGUGUGCAAACGCCCAUGCCUCUCUGCCUCUCUGUGUGCAUCAUGUGUUGCUCUGUCUCAAGGAGCAUGGUGCUGGGAGUGGUGGUGGGCAGCCAGCGGCAUAUUCGCCACGCCAGGCGUCGUGCUCGUGGAUUCCGGAGGGAUCUCCUCUCACACCCCCCAUCCCCUCAUUCCGCCCAUCCCCUCUCCUCCCCUCAAUCUUCCCCCCUGAUGCGGCAGCAAUGGUGCUGGGAGUGGUGGUGGGCAGCGGCAUAUUCGCCACGCCAGGCGUCCAUGGUGCUGGGAGUGGUGGUGGGCAGCGGCAUAUUCGCCACGCCAGGCGUCGUGCUGCUGGCAUGGUGCUGGGAGUGGUGGUGGGCAGCGGCAUAUUCGCCACGCCAGGCGUCGUCCUGCUGGACGCGAGCGGGUCGCCGCUGCUGGCGCUGCUGCUGUGGCUGCUGGCGGGGGUGGUGGGGUACGCCUGCUGCGAGGUGUAUGCGGAGCUCGGGAGUUUCAUCCCACACGCAGGCGGCGAUGGGGAGUACUUGCAGGUGUAUGCGGAGCUGGGGAGUUUCAUCCCUCAUGCAGGCGGUGAUGGGGAGUACUUGCAGGUGGCGUUUGGAGAGCUCGCGUCGUUUGUCUUCAUGUGGAUGUUCUUCUUUGUCUCUACCGGCGGGGCCCUCUCCAUUCUUGUUGUCACGUUCGCCCGAUACGCUGUCGCUCUGGUGAGGGGAGUGCUCGUGGGGGGUGGUGCUCGUGGGGGGUGGGUGGUGCUCGUGGGGGUCGUUUUUGAGGCGCCUCAAAAGCGACCUCGAUACGCUAUCGCUCUGGUGAGGGGAGUGCCCGUGGGGGGUGGUGCUCGUGGGGGGUGGUGCUCGUGGGGGGUGGUGCUCGUGGGGGGAGUGCUUGUGGGGGGUGGUGCUCGUGGGGGGAGGAGGGCGAAGACGUCUCAAUAUUCAUCUUGUGGUCUCCGAUUUUCCCUCCUCUUGCUGCUCUCCUCCCAUUUCUCCUGCCAGCUACCAGGGGCAGCAGCAGGGGGCGAGGAGGAGAUGGAAGUGAUGGUGAUGGUGGUGGGAGGGGGAUGCGUGCUGCUGCUUACUCUUGUCAACUGCUGUGGCGUGGAGGCAGGCACGUGGCUACAGAACCUCCUAUCGCUCUCCAAGGCGCUCCUCAUCGCCAUCAUCCUCGCAGCCGCCCCGGCCUUCAUGCUGCUGCAAGGCCCGGCCACUGCCACCGCCAACCUCCUUCAGCCGCUCCCUCCGCUUGACUCGCUUGACCUCAGCCGACUGGGCGCUGGGCUCGUGGCGGCUAUAUGGGCCUUUGACGGAUGGAACUGCCUGGGCUUUCUAUCAGAGGAGCUCAAGAACCCAAAGAGGGACCUGCCUCGCUCGCUCUCCAUCGGCAUGCUCAUUGCGGUCGUCAUCUGUCUGUCUGCCAACGUGGCAUAUCUCUGCAUCCUUCCCGCUCAAGCCAUUGGGAUAUCUCAGGUGGUGGCGGUGGAUUCAGUGGCGCUCGUGUUCGGCCCCGUAGUGGGAAGGCUGGUGGCGCUGCUGGUGGCGUUCAAUGUGCUGGGCUCGGCUAAUGGCACUCUGCUGUGCAACGCACGAUACUUUUACGCCAUGGCAAGGGAGGGUCGUCUGCCUCGCUUCUUUGGGGCUGUAACCAAGUCCGGUGCUCCCUACGCUGCUCUCUGCCUCAUAGGUGGCUGGACCAUGGUGCUGCUCUUCUUUGCAGCCAAUCAGCUUGAGAAGCUUCUAGACUAUUUCGGCAUCGCAACGUGGAUAUUCUAUGGGGCGGUGGCAGCAGCUCUCUUCAAGCUCCGAUGGGCCUUCCCCAACGGCCCAAGGCCGUAUGAGGCUCGUUUCUACCCGCUCCCUCCCGUGAUUGCGCUCGUCGCUGCCGUAUUUCUUGUAAUAACCUUUAUUGGCGUGUGGCUGGCGCAUACCAUGGUUGCUGUACAUUAUCAAACUCGGUUGCGGGCUAGACCACACUAG